AUGGAUCCCUCCGAUUCAGAUUCCGACGGAUCUCACAUCUCCUCAACUCCUCCACGUCACCCGUCACCACCGCCACGUCACCAUCAGCUUCUUCAUCUUCUUUCCAUCCCCAAAUCCAGAUCCAAAUCCAAUUCCACUUCUUCACGCCCGACCUUGAAAUUCAAACCACCCUCCAAAAAACCCAAACCAAACCCACACCCAGAACCCGUACCCGGACCUGAAACCCGCCAACCCGACCCGAUUCAUUCCCCCUCUAUUUCAUUUAGUUGUAAUGUUGUUAAACCAAGAACUUAUGAUCCCCUUCAUAAUAAUGAUAACAACAUUGAUAUUGGUGUUAGUUCGUGUUUAGCGAAAACGACGUCUUCGUUUGCCAGGUUUCGAAAUCGAAAUUUGGAUUUUGAGUCAACAGAAAAUGUAAUUGAAAAUUCAGCAGAAGCAGAAGGAAAUGCUGGAGAUGUUAAGGUUGUUGGUGUUAGAAAUAGGAUUAAUUUAAUCGGAAACUCGGUUGAGGAAGUCAAAAAGUCAAAUGUAGUCGAAAAUGUGGGCCAAGGAAAUGUUGGAGAUGUUAAGGUUGUUGGUAUUAGGGAUAGGAUUGAUUUGAUUGGGAAAUCGGUUGGGACCGCCGAGCAAGUUAAGAAGCCGAAAGUGGGAGUGAAUGAAGGGAAUUUUGUUAAGUUGAAUAUAAACGGUCAUGGUGGGCGAAAGAAGUUUGGGUAUAAAGUAAGGAAAAAGAAUCAAAACGCGUAUAAUGGGAAUCGAAAAGGUUAUAGAAGGAGUAAAAAGAAGUUGAAAAGGGUCGGUGAAGGGGCCGACGAGGAAAAUGGUUUAUGUGAUGAAGAAGGAGAAUUGGAAGGUAUGGAAUUUGAGGGGGACGAAAUAAGGGUCGAUAAGGAAUUGAUUGAGAAUCUUGCGGAUGACGUGAGACGUGAUCCGUGUGAUGAGAAUUUGGUUAAGUUGUUGAAAGUUAUUCAUGGGUAUGAUUCGUUUAGGGACGGCCAAUUGGAGGUGAUCAAGAUGAUACUUGAUGGGAAAUCAAGUAUGGUGAUAUUGCCAACGGGGGCUGGGAAGUCGCUUUGUUAUCAAUUGCCUGCUUUGGUUUUGGAAGGGAUGACACUUGUGAUUAGCCCGUUAGUUGCGCUUAUGUUUGAUCAGCUUAAACAACUGCCACCCGGGAUUCCGGGGGGUUUGUUGUGUAGCAGUCAGACUCUAGAAGAGAGUUCUGAAACGCUUAGACGGGUUCAGGAAGGAUCUUUGAAGGUUCUUUUCAUUUCUCCCGAGAGAUUACUAAGUGCAGGAUUUACAUCAAUAUUUGCUGGGACUUCACUCAUUUCGCUUGUUGUUAUUGAUGAAGCCCAUUGUAUAUCUGAAUGGUCACAUAAUUUUCGCCCUUCGUAUAUGAGGCUUAGAGCGUCCUUACUUCGUUCUAUUCUUGGAGUAGAUUGCUUUCUUGCAAUGACUGCAACUGCGACAACCAAGACUAUGAAUGAUGUGAUGUGUUCCCUUGAUAUUCCUUAUACUAAUCUUGUACAAGCAGCACAAGUCAGGGAUAACUUGCAGCUGUCUGUAUCUUUGAGUGAGCAUAGGAUGAAGGAUUUGAUGGCAUUGCUCAAGGAUCCACCUUACACAGAGAUUAAAAGCAUUAUAAUUUACUGCAAGUAUCAGUCGGAAACUGAUAUGAUCAGCAAGUUUUUACGUGAUAGCAAUAUCCGUGCAAAGAGUUACCAUAGUGGGAUCCCUGCUAAAGAACGAAGGCGCACACAAGAGUUAUUUUGUUCAAACAAGAUACGAGUGAUUGUUGCAACUGUCGCAUUUGGUAUGGGGCUCGAUAAAGGUGAUGUCGGAGCUGUAAUUCACUACAGUUUACCAGAAAGCUUGGAAGAGUAUGUUCAGGAAAUUGGGCGUGCUGGUCGUGAUGGCCGUUUAUCUUAUUGUCAUCUCUUUUUUGAUGAAACAACAUACUUUAAGCUCAGGAGUCUUAUGUACAGCGAUGGGUUAGAUCAAUACACGGUCAAUAAGUUCCUCUCUCAUGUUUUUGCUGGGGAUUCACUUUCACAAGGAAAGGUUUGCUCCCUAGUCAAGGAAUCUGCUUCUCGGAAAUUUGACAUGAAAGAAGAGGUGAUUCUGACUAUCUUAACUCGCUUGGAGUUAGCUGAAGUGCAGUACUUGCAUUUACUUCCCCAAACGAGUGUCACAUGUGUGUUAAAUUUCCACAUGACCUCCCCAGCAUUACUUGCUGCUAAGGACAUUGUGAUUUCGGCAAUUUUGAAGAAGUCUGAAAUAAAGGAUGGUCAAUAUGUGUUUGACAUUCCGACUGUAGCCUUUAGCAUUGGAGCUCAAGCCCUUACAGUAACUAAUCAGCUGCAGAUUCUAAAGUCGAAGGGAGAAGUUACAUACGAAUUGAAGGAUCUAGCUUAUUGUUACACCAUUAUAAAUUUUCCAAAAGAUAUAUGCUCUUUGGCAGCAGAUCUGGCUAAAUGGUUAUCAGAGGUUGAGAGUGGCCAGGUGCGUAAAGUAGAUGCAAUGUUCAAUGCUGCACUCUUUGCAGUGAAAACAUGUGAUAGAAAAAGUGGUUGCACUGGCUCUCAACACACACCAUGCUUGCAGAAGAAGAUCUUGGAUUACUUCAAUGCAGAAAAUGAUGACAAGAUUUCAAAUACAAUGGGCCAAACCAGCCGGUUUUUGAGAGCAGAUAUUAAGGUGUUUCUUCAGAGCAACUCUCAUGCCAAAUUUACGCCUAGAGCAAUUGCUAGGAUAAUGCAUGGUAUAGCCAGUCCAGCAUUUCCUUCUUCAAUUUGGUCUAGAACUCAUUUUUGGGGGAGAUAUAUGCAAACAAACUUUGAUGUAAUUAUGGAAGCAGCAAAAGCAGAGCUAAUGGAUUGUGUAGGAAAAUCUGCAGUUUAAAUGGCUUCUUCAUGGAAUAUUAUCUUGGAGAUUAGCAUUAUGGAGUUGCAUAUGUCAUUUGACAGCCGCACAGGUUGUAAAUUUUUGGGCACACCUGUACAGAUUUCGGUGAUGUUGAUGCUGGUUUACUGCUGUGGCAGUGUUGGCAGUGGUGGUGGUUGGUGAUAUGUAACAAAGGCUGUCCAAACAUGGCACAUUUUGAUCAUGAACCAUAUGUUUGGCUCUUUAUCCUUGUUUCUUUACAAAUUAACAUUGGUCUCUUGUACCUAUAUAUAGCUAGAGUCCAAGUACUAGAACCUCAUUAGAUAACUUGCUCUUAGUAGGCCCUCUCACUCCCCUUACGCAUGGUAAAUGCCAAAUGUAUAGCAUACAAAAUGUUGUUUUAUUCUAUAUCAGACUUCCAAUAUUAUAUGUUUUGGAAUGUGAAGUAGAAAUUGUGAUGUUGAUUAUUUUUGAGUUGCUUAAA